ACACAAGUUCUCCAUCCCUUAAAGCUGUUGGCCUGCAAGAACCACACCUCUACAGCAAACAACUACCACAGAAAAUUACAAAAAGGCUCAAGAUUGAUGGAAAAACUGGUUUUAAAACUUACAUACAGGAGCUGUAACAUCAUCAUGGCAGGCCCCAAAGAAAACAGCAUCUUCCCUCGAAACCCCUACUACAUCCCUGGCUAUGGGGGCUACGUUCCUCAGUUCUCCUUCAAGUUUGGGGACACCUAUGGCAGAAUCACCCACGACCUGCUGACAGAUCCCAAUGUCAGGAAGAGCCCUCGGUCCCUGCUGGCACCACUGGACAACAUGGAAAACCUCCAAGAGUUCCGUUACCACAUCGAGCACCCAGGAUAUGUCACCUACCAGCCCAUCACCAGCCCUCCUGAGGUGCCCCUGGGCCCGCAGCCCGUCCCUGGGCCAGUGCUGGAGGAGCCCAUGAUGGCACACACGGACCCCAGGCUGUGGCAGAGCCCCCCAGGCCCUGCACCCGGAGCCCUGCUGACCUGGCCUCCCCAGGGGCUUGUCUGUCCUUCAGGAUAUGUCACCUACCAGCCCAUCACCAGCCCUCCUGAGGUGCCCCUGGGCCCGCAGCCCGUCCCUGGGCCAGUGCUGGAGGAGCCCAUGAUGGCACACACGGACCCCAGGCUGUGGCAGAGCCCCCCAGGCCCUGCACCCGGAGCCCUGCUGACCUGGCCUCCCCAGGGGCUGGCCCUGCACCCCGCGGCCCAGGACAUGGAGAGGGAGGUGGCCAAGCCACCCCUGGCCAGUGUUCUGGGCAAAGGGAGCAGAACGUGCCAGUGCAACUGCGGAGGGAGCAAAACGCAGCGAGAAACAGGAGGUGUGGUGCUGCCAGGAGGGGCUGCAACAGCAGAUUACACAUUGCCAGUGCUGCCUGUCCCAAAUGCCAUCCGACAGAAAGUCAUCCCAGGGUAUGCUGGAUUUGUCCCCCACCUCUUUGACAAAGUUGGCAUGACCUACAUCCCAGCUGUGAAGAAAGCCAUGAAUGAAUUUGACCGAUACCAGCUUUUGCAGAGAAAUCCACCUUAUACAUUGGGCACGAGAUUCCCCCUGACACACUGGCCAGACACAAAAAUUUACAGCCGUGCUGGACUCAAACCUGCCUAUGCAGGCUUCGUACCAUGCCUCCAGGACCUCUGCGGGCUCACCUAUGGCAACGCCACGCGGGAGUCAUACCGGUGUGAACAGAGGAGACGGGGAAUUGCACUGUGAAAACUGCUUUAAUGGUGCCUGUACAGCAUUGGGAGUGACUCGGAAACAGCAAUAAUAACACAACACAAACAGAACUUUUGAAUGAGAGAGUUCAUACAACUUUAAACAAAAUUUACAGGUGUUCCACUGCAUAGCUUCACUCUGCUUCCUCCUCACC